AAGAAGAAAAAGAAGAAAAAGAAGAAGAAGAAGAAGAAGAAGAAGAAGAAGAAGAAGAAAAAGAAGAAGAAGAAGAAGAAGAAGAAGACAUUUUCUCGGUUUGUUUAUCCCUCUCGGCCUUUGACCCGUCAAUUGAGAGUCUCGCGAGAACGAGACCAACUGGUCCAUCCAAAGAAGACGAAGGAGUAAAAAGCAAAAUGGCGUUUGACAGAGAAGGCCCAAACGUGGCCACUGGCCAUUAUUGUUUCUCUAUUUGUAUUUAGUGCAUACAUGUACGCAUAUAUGUCGUGUAUGUAGAUGAAACAUUGUUAGUAUCCGGAUACAUUAGCCUGAGCGCACUUUAUCAAGUCUUAGCUGGCUAGUUAGCUUAGCUUGUUAGCUGCUAACAAAAAGACGCGGACGUUAUCAACACAUCGCUAAGUAGAGAUCAAAUGUGAGUGUAAAGUGUUGUGAUUGGGUGAAAAUGUGCGAAAGAACCGUAGCAAAGUAUGAGGAGGAACGUCGUUCAACAAAAGAGGAGAAGGAGCGACAACAUCAACUACUGGACGCUGUUUUCAAGACACAUCAAGUCAGAUGCCCAGCAGCCCCCCCACAUUAAAGAGGAAGAUGAGGAUCCACAGCCCACCCACAUGAAAGAGGAAGAGGAUGAUCCACAGCCCACCUACCUGAAAGAGGAAGAGGAGGAAGUGUGGAUCACUCAGGGGGGAGAGUGUGUUGUAGGGCAGGAGGAGGAUGAUGUCAGCAAGUUUCCACUGACUGUUGUCUCUGUGAAGACUGAAGAGCAUGAAGACAAAGCACCUGAGUCCUCACAGCUUCAUCACAGUCCAAACGUCCAGCAGCCCCCCCACAUUAAAGAGGAAGAGGAGGAUCCACAGCCCACCCACAUGAAAGAGGAAGAGGAUGAUCCACAGCCCACCUACAUGAAAGAGGAAGAGGAGGAAGUGUGGAUCACUCAGGGGGGAGAGUGUGUUGUAGGGCAGGAGGAGGAUGAUGUCAGCAAGUUUCCACUGACUGUUGUCUCUGUGAAGACUGAAGUGCAUGAAGACAAAGCACCUGAGUCCUCACAGCUUCAUCACAGUCCAAACGCCCAGCAGCCCCCCACAUUAAAGAGGAAGAUGAGGAGCCACAGCCCACCCACAUCAAAGAGGAAGAGUAUGAUCCACAGCCCACCCACAUGAAAGAGGAAGAGGAGGAAGUGUGGAUCACUCAGGAGGGAGAGUGUGUUGUAGGGCAGGAGGAGGAUGAUGUCAGCAAGUUUCCACUGACUGUUGUCUCUGUGAAGACUGAAGAGCAUGAAGACAAAGCACCUGAGUCCUCACAGCUUCAUCACAGUCCAAAAAGGCUGGUCCUAAAGAGGGAGGCAUUAUUCGGAGGGUCUCAAGAAGGUAAGAAAUACACAAAUGUGUGUGUGUGUGUGUGUGUGUGUGUGUGUGUGUGUGUGUGUGUGUGUGUGUGUGUGUGUGUGUGUGUGUGUGUGUGUGUGUGUGUGUGUGUGUGUGUGUGUCUGUGUGUGUCUGUGUGUGUGUGUGUGUGUCCAAGGAAAGCAGGGUGAAAGGUCAACAGGAUCAGGUCCAAAGGGAGUUUGGGGGGGAAAAGAUCAGAAGACCUGCUUAGGUUGGACAAACCUAUCAUCUACAGUUGCCAUGGUUACUCAGUGUCAUCGCCGAGCAGCCUGCCGCUCUCCAGGUCAGUGGACAAGGAAGUGCCCGAGGAGGAGGCGGAGCCGCGCCGCUGAAACUGUCUGGACUGCACCCCGUAAAAGAAACAAAAGGCCUGGCAGCAUGCAGAGACACAAACAAAGGAGGAGAAAGACGCGGUUAAUGCCGCCACUUCCUGUCGACGCGCCCGCCUCACCUCCUCGAUGUCGGCGUUCCGGCGAGCUUUGUAGAUGAACUCGCCGAUGGCCACGAACACGGAGAGGACCAGGCCGGCGGCCAGCACGAUGAAGAUGCCGCCGAUGUUCUCCACGCCCAAAGCGUUGGCCUCCUUGUUGUCCUCCUCCGGGCAACCGUUGCCUCGCCACCACUUCUCCUUCAUCAUGUGCAGCUUACCCUCCUCCUGGAGCUGCAGGAUGGCGAUGGUCACCUUGUCCCGGUACGGAGAACCUGGACCACAUGAGCGGGAGGUCACGCCUUGGGACUAGGGAUGGGUGCCGAAUCCGGACGUCACGCCCCGGUUUCAAUUUUCAACGCCCACCAAGAAACGCUUUUCCCGGAACUGCGCUAGCUUGAUGCUAAUAUACAAUGGCUUUCCCCAUAGACAUGCUACUGAUUAGCAUCCCUGGGGGAUCCAUAUCACAGAAUGAUAAAAAACUAAUAAAAGAAAUUCAAGCAGCAAAAUAUAAAUAAAAUAAAUACAAAUUUUG